AUGACGCCCAAGGAUGCAGUUGGGAGCGUUUGUAGCCAUCACUAUAAUCACUUUAUGACUAGAGGGGCAAGCCUCAAAUUAACCACAGAAUUUCCGGUGGCGACAGACAAGGUUGCAGAAAAGUUGAGUUCUACUCUCUCAUGGGUGAAGAACACAGUGUCACAUACAGUCAGCCAGAUGGCCAGUCAGGUGGCAAGUCCAUCUGCUUCCUUACACACUACAUCCUCGUCUACCACACUGUCAACACCAGCCCUUUCACCAUCUUCACCAUCACAGUUGAGUCCAGACGACUUAGAACUCCUGGCUAAACUGGAGGAACAAAAUAGAUUGUUAGAGACAGAUAGUAAGUCUUUAAGAUCUGUAAAUGGAUCAAGAAGGAACAGUGGCUCCUCCCUGGUAUCAAGUUCAUCAGCCUCUAGCAACCUCAGUCACCUUGAAGAAGACUCUUGGAUUCUUUGGGGAAGAGUUGUUAAUGAAUGGGAAGAUGUGCGCAAAAAGAAGGAGAAACAAGUAAAGGAACUUGUUCGUAAAGGGAUACCCCAUCAUUUUAGAGCAAUAGUUUGGCAACUUUUGUGCAGUGCACAAAGUAUGCCAAUUAAGGAUCAGUAUUCAGAACUCCUGAAAAUGACCUCGCCUUGUGAAAAGUUGAUCCGAAGGGACAUUGCUAGAACUUAUCCUGAACACAAUUUUUUUAAGGAAAAAGAUAGCCUUGGACAGGAAGUUUUGUUUAAUGUAAUGAAGGCGUAUUCUUUAGUGGAUCGUGAGGUUGGUUACUGUCAAGGAAGUGCUUUUAUAGUUGGAUUGCUGCUUAUGCAGAUGCCAGAAGAAGAAGCUUUCUGUGUAUUUGUUAAAUUAAUGCAAGAUUAUAGACUUCGUGAACUUUUUAAACCAAGUAUGGCAGAAUUAGGCCUUUGUAUGUACCAGUUUGAAUGCAUGAUACAGGAGCACCUUCCAGAGCUCUUUGUGCAUUUUCAGUCUCAGAGUUUUCAUACCUCAAUGUAUGCAUCAUCAUGGUUUCUGACUAUCUUCCUUACAACUUUUCCACUACCAAUCGCAACAAGGAUAUUCGAUAUCUUUAUGUCUGAGGGUUUAGAAAUAGUGUUUCGGGUAGGAUUAGCGCUUCUUCAGAUGAAUCAGGCAGAACUGAUGCAACUCGACAUGGAAGGGAUGUUACAGCACUUUCAGAAGGUCAUUCCACAUCAGUUUGAUGGUGGUCCAGACAAAUUAAUCCAGGCAGCUUACCAAGUCAAGUAUAACUCUAAAAAAAUGAAAAAGCUUGAAAAGGAAUAUACUACAAUAAAAACUAAAGAAAUGGAAGAACAAGUUGAAAUUAAAAGGUUACGAACAGAAAAUAGACUUUUAAAACAGCGCAUUGAAACAUUAGAAAAAGAAAGUGCUUCCUUGGCAGAUAGAUUGAUACAGGGACAAGUGACAAGAGCCCAGGAGGCUGAGGAAAACUACCUCAUAAAACGGGAGCUGGCCACCAUCAAACAGCAGAGUGAUGAGGCCAGUGCUAAACUGGAGCAAGCUGAAAGUACCAUCAGGAAGCUCCAGCACCAGCAGCAAUGGCAUAAAUGCAGUUCCAACUACAAUGAAGAUUUUGUGCUACAGCUAGAGAAGGAAUUGGUCCAAGCCCGACUGAGUGAAGCUGAGUCUCAAUGUGCGCUGAAGGAAAUGCAGGAUAAAGUUCUGGAUAUAGAAAAGAGAAACAACUCCUUUCCUGAUGAGAAUAACAUUGCAAGACUUCAGGAAGAACUCAUUGCUGUGAAACUGAGAGAAGCAGAAGCUAUUAUGGGUUUGAAAGAGCUUAGACAACAAGUCAAGGAUUUGGAGGAACACUGGCAGCGCCACUUAGCUCGUACUACUGGGAGAUGGAAAGACCCACCUAAGAAAAAUGCCAUGAUUGAGUUACAAGAUGAACUGAUGACCAUCCGACUUAGAGAAGCUGAAACACAAGCAGAAAUAAAAGAAAUAAAACAGAGGAUGAUGGAAAUGGAAACGCAGAACCAGAUCAAUAGUAAUCAUCUUCGAAGAGCAGAGCAAGAGGUGACCAAUCUACAGGAGAAGGUGCAAUAUCUUUCUGCACAGAACAAGGGAUUGCUUACCCAACUGAGUGAAGCAAAGCGCAAACAAGCAGAGAUUGAAUGCAAGAACAAGGAAGAAGUGAUGGCUGUGAGACUCCGGGAAGCAGAUAGCAUAGCAGCUGUUGCUGAACUACAGCAGCACAUUGCUGAGCUUGAAAUCCAGAAAGAAGAAGGAAAACUUCAAGGACAGCUUAACAAGUCUGAUUCUAACCAGUACAUUAGGGAACUGAAAGAUCAGAUAGCAGAGCUGAAUCAUGAGCUCAGGUGCCUAAAAGGCCAGAGAGGCUUCUCCAGCCAACCCCCUUUUGAUGGAAUCCACAUCGUCAACCAUUUAAUAGGAGAUGAUGAAUCAUUCCAUUCCUCUGAUGAAGAGUUUAUAGAUAAUUCCUUACAGGAAAGUGGCAUUGGUUUCCCUUUGCACAGAAAAUCUGGUCCAAUGUCUUUGGACCCCACUCUGGCAGAUGGUAGUGAAAGCGAGGCAGAAGACAGCACUCUGGAGACCAGAGAGGGCAGUCGAGUGGCUCAAAAGGAGCAGCCCCUAAGAAGAGCGUCGUACUCAACCGCUGUCUGA